AUGUCAAAAGUUACAUCUGUUAAAGAUGAACCCUUGCAAAGCAUAGAAAAGAUAGCCCCUUCCUCAGCCUUCCCCGCGAGCGGACGCGUACCGCCCGAGCGCCCGCGCCUGCGCCCGCCGGCCCGGUUCCUCUCUUGUCUCUCCUCAGUCGGCCCAGUCCUCGUCCCGCGCGUCCCGCCGCCCCGCGCCAAGAAAAAUGUGGUGACAGGCCCCCGGAUAACCCCGAGUCACCGCCGUGAGGCCUACAGCUCUGCCGGGGAGGAGGAGGAGGAAAAGAAUGUUUCUCCAUCGCAGAGAGAUGAAGUGAUUCAGUGGCUGGCUAAACUCAAGUACCAAUUCAACCUUUACCCAGAAACACUUGCUCUGGCUAGCAGUCUUUUGGACAGGUUUUUAGCUACUGUAAAGGCCCACCCAAAAUACUUGAGUUGUAUUGCAAUCAGCUGUAUUUUCCUAGCUGCCAAGGCUGUUGAGGAAGAUGAGAGAAUUCCAGUACUGAAGGUUUUGGCAAGAGACAGUUUCUGUGGGUGCUCUUCAUCUGAAAUUCUGAGGAUGGAGAGAAUUAUUCUGGAUAAGUUGAAUUGGGAUCUUCACACAGCCACACCGUUGGAUUUUCUUCACAUUUUUCAUGCCAUUGCAGUGUCAACUAGGCCUCAGUUACUUUUCAGUUUGCCCAAACUGAGCCCAUCUCAACAUUUGGCAGUCCUUACCAAGCAAUUGCUUCACUGUAUGGCCUACAGCCAACUUCUGCAGUUCAAAGGAUCCAUGCUUGCUCUAGCCAUGGUUAGUUUAGAAAUGGAGAAACUCAUUCCUGAUUGGCUUCCUCUUACAAUUGAACUGCUUCAGAAAGCACAGAUGGAUAGCUCCCAGUUGAUCCACUGUCGGGAGCUUGUGGCACAUCACCUUUCUACUCUGCAGUCUUCCCUGCCUCUAAAUUCCGUUUAUGUCUACCGUCCCCUCAAGCACACCCUGGUGACCUGUGACAAAGGAGUGUUCAGAUUACAUCCCUCCUCUGUCCCAGGCCCAGAUUUCUCCAAGGACAACAGCAAACCAGAAGUGCCAGUGAGAAGUAGAGCAGCCUUCUGCCAUCACCUCCCAGUUGCCAGUGGGUGCAAGCAUACCUCUGCUAAACGCAAAGUAGAAGAAAUGGAAGUGGAUGACUUAUAUGAUGGAAUCAAACGGCUCUAUAAUGAAGAUAAUGGUUCAGAAAAUGUGGGUUCUGUGUGUGGCACUGAUGUAUCAAGGCAAGAGGGACAUGCUUCCCCUUGUCCACCUUUGCAGCCUGUUUCUGUCAUGUAG